CGCCUGGAAUAUGUGGAGUGAAUGGACGUGUGAUCCGCUAAUCAGCACCGUCGUAAUCUUCAGAAGGAGGUUGCUCCAUACCAACAAUUAAAAAAAAACCAUUGUUUUAUAGUUUCUCUUUUUUACUUUUAGGAAAUUUUAAUUGAUUUUUGAAAGUAGAUAGAUUUGUAUUUAAUUAUAAAAAAAACAAAACUAUUUAAUAUCCUUUAUUUGUCUUUAGUAUAUUAUUUUCUGCUAUCUUUUUUGAUGUUAGGCAGUAACUGCUUUUUUUUUUUUUUUAAACAAUUUCCUUUAAUUAAUAAAUAUAUCAUGUAUUAAAUAUAUAGUUUUUGCUGAUUGCACAGACUAUGUAACAGACCUGCACCAUUUCAAGGGGGAGACUACUGCGAAGGUCACGACAAUGAAACAAAGACAGGAGCUUGUAUGCCAAGUAAGACGUUAAAAACAUAAUAUGGGCAAGAGUUAAUGUAGGAUUGCAUAAAAUUAUAAUUCUAAUAAAAAGAAAUAACACAUGCACAUGACGAUUAAUUUUUAAAACAAAACAUUUUAGUAUAAAAGAAACUAAGGUGUUGUAAAAAGAAAAAGUAACGAAAUAAUAUUUUAAAAAACAACAACAACCCGGGACACUAAACACCCUAGAAAAAUAAUCACACUAACAAUAUUCGCAAGACUGCGACUAUUCGCACCCGGGUACCAGAAGUGAGGUGUUGGGAUUAAAAAAGCUAUUUAAAAUUUUAUUGUUGGGACAAAAUGAGGUAUCAAAUGAAAAAUAAUUGAAUGGACUAUUUGUUUGUAAACUUAAUUUCUUCAGUUUAACUAAAAUAAACUAAAACAAAUGACAUCCGAAUGGCACUGAGUCAACACUUGACCCAGACACUCAGCGCCGCCAAUUUGCACCCAAUAGACUCAAGCUUUUCAGAGGCCACUUGUGGUAGUUUAUUUUAGUUCAACUGAAGAAGUAAUUUAACAAACAUAUAGUCUAUUCAACUGUCUUUCAUUUGAUAAAAUGUGUACCCCCGGGGUUACGAAUAGCCACUUCGUAUUCGCGAUACGUGAUAAACGCGAAAAGCGUCCAUUGAGUCGGAUCUCACGUCAACCGCCAGUACAAUGCCAGCUGGCCUACAUAUUCACCGGCCACGCUCCGCCAUCCAUUUUCUACCAUUGACGUCAGUGACUAAAUAUUGAGCGCUGUGCCAACCCCCAAGCCCUUUACCUUUAUUGGGAAAAUGUCGUGUCACCAGCACCUGUUUUCAUUUUCAUACACCAUAUCAAUUCAAAUACACCAAUAGCUGUGUUUUCCCUAAGGUUUAGUCAUGCAUUUACUUAAGCUGUAACUUUAUCCAAGUUUAAUGGAUACAAAAUAUUAUGUUCAGGUAAUUUCUAAAAAAUGAAGAGUUUUCUUUUCAAAAGGAAGUAUCCACCACUUUUGAAAAAAAAAAAAAAAAAAAAAAAAAAAAUUUACUUUUUUUUAGAGCAAAACAGGUUCCUUUAGGAUGUGGUGAAGUUUAUUUACAAAUCAUGUUAUAUUCCUAUUUUAUUAGUGUCUAAAAAUUAUUUAAUUCUCUAAACACAGUAUGUAAUUUUUUUGUAAAAAGUUGAAUAAUCUCAAAAACCUCCAAAAUGGAAAUACAGCAUUUUGAAAAUCAGCUCUUCAAAUAGUAACUCUUCAAACAGUGGCGUAGGGAGGGAAAUUUAGACGGGGCUUGGGCCACAGGGUCGAGGGAGGGAAAUUUAGACGGGGCUUGGGCCACAGGGUCGAGGGAGGAAUAUUUAGACGGGGCUAGGGCCACAGGGUCGAGGGAGGGAUAUUUAGACGGGGCUUGGGCCACAGGGUCGAGGGAGGGAUAUUUAGACGGGGCUUGGGCCACAGGGUCGAGGGAGGGAUAUUUAGACGGGGCUAGGGCCACAGGGUCGAGGGAGGGAUAUUUAGACGGGGUUUGGGCCAUAGGGUCCAUUGUUUUCGACUUGUCACGGAGGCGGCUGCUUUUUCGUGCGGAGUUGUUUUCGUGAAAGGGGUCGGCGAAAAUGCUGGUCCACCCGCCCCUUGUAGCUUCAACCCUACGCCACUGUACGCAGAUAAUUUAAAAAAAAAAUUCAUUAGUAUUUUUUUGAAGGCGGAAAUUGGUAAAUAUUUUUUUAAGUAGGUUAUUUUUUCUUUUCUUUUUUUUUUUAAACAGUCGACGGUCACUGGGGACGUUGGACGAAUUGGAUUUGUGUUGACGAUAAGUUCCACUUCAAGACCAGGUAACCUGAUGUCUGCUGGUUAUUUGUAAUUCAUAUAUUUCAGUCCGCUUGAAAAAUAUUAAAAUCACCUCAAAUUAAUGGGCUUCCCAAUUUUAUGUCACGAGCAACUAUAUUCAGGCCACUUUCCAUUUAGAAGAAAAAAAAUAUAUAUAUAUUAACCUUUACUUAUGGGUACAUGAUAUACACAUCCAAAAGUUUCAGCAAACGCCUUCAUCAGUAUGACAAAAAACUCAUUAAUAUAAUUAUCAAUUACAUGUGCAUAAUAUAUUACAGCACAUUGUUAAAGCAUGUGUGUUGACCUAAUGUUUAUCUUCAGCGCAGCGUGUAGCGAUGUGGCGACCACCCUGGUGUCCCCAGUUUCACGUUGCUCUUGAAGUCACUGGCUAAAUGUGGAGCGCUGUACCAAACCCUACCCCUUACCUUGAUUGGGAAACGUUUCUUUACGUUCUAUUUGUUCGGAAAAAAUGCUAUCGUAUGAUGCAAUUUCAAUAAAUUAUUUUCUGGAGGGCUCCAACUUCUACCUAUAAAUACGCCGGCGUCUUUCUUAGCCAAGAAAGAGAUCUCUGUUAUUUUUCCUAAUGUAAUCCAUGAUUUUGAAAAAAAAAAAACCCAGACUCCGUUCGUCUUGUAAUGGGGGACUUUAAUCAACUAUCAAUGAAUAAAUCCAUGCCAACUUAUAUCCAGUAUGUUACUUGCCCCACGCGACAAGAGCGAACUCUGGACAUGUGUUAUAGUAAUAUAAAAAAGGCCUACACAUGUCGUGCUUUAUUUCCUUUAGGAGAAUCCGACCACACAAUGGUCCGCCUAACGACCACACAAUGGUCCGCCUAACGACCACACAGUGGUCCGUCUAACGCCAUGCUAUAAGCCAGUUUUAAAAACAACAAAAAUUCAAUAAAAAACUAUUAAACUGUGGUCAGAUGAGGCGACAGAAAAACUUCAGGCCUGCUUGGAAUGUACAGACUGGGGCACGUUUAUUAACACUUGCCCGGACAUUGACGAGCUAACAAACACCGUCAAUUCCUACAUUAAGUUUUGUGUAGACGAAAUUAUUCCCCAAAAAACAAUCCGAGUAUUCGACAACAACAAAUCCUGGGUUAGCAGAGAAAUAAAGGAGGCCAUACACCACAAGAAGAACAUGUUUAUGAUUAAAUGAUCAGGAAUUAAUUCAUUAAAGCUAAAAAAGUAUUGAAAGAAAAAAUAUAUUAGGGGAAAAAACAAUACAAGCAAAAAAUCGAAAAAUUAUUCACUACUAACAAUUCAAAGGCUUGUUGGGAAGGACUCAAGCAAAUAACAGGAUUUACUCCUAAGCGAUAAUGCUUAUGUUUUGAGGACGUAAGGAAUUUUGUUAACGACUUAAAUGACUUUUAUGGUCGUUUUGAAAGCCUGGACUUUGGAAGAGUGCACAAUGAGAUGAUGAAUUCAUUUCAAGAUGGCAGUAGUACACAGGAUGGUAGUUUAUUGUUUACAGAACAGAGAGUGAUGUAAUUAUUUAAACAAGUGGACACAGCCAAGGCCUCGGGACCAGACAAAAUAAGUGGUCGGCUCAUUAAACUAUGUUCAGAGCAGCUCUCCUACAUUUUUUGUUACAUAUUAAAUAAAUCUUAUGUAACUCACACAAUACCAGCAAUAUGGAAAACUUCAGAAAUCAUACCAAUUCCAAAGAAAAUUAAGGUAAUGUGCAACAACGACUUACGACCUGUUGCACUUACCUCUAUUGCCAUUAAAUGUUUUGAGAAAAUAAUUCUGAAAGAAAUUUUGAAUGAAGUACAGCAAAAACUUGACCCCCACCAAUUUGCUUACAAACCUGCAAGAAGUACGGAGGACGCAGUCUUGCUAUUGUUGGAGAGACUUUACCUUCACCUAGACAGUCCUAAAACAUACGCCAGAGUACUUUUCUUAGACUUAUCGUCAGCAUUUGACACCCUCCAACCACACCUUAUGAUAAAGAAACUUUCCUCGUUAGGUGUCAAUUUAAAUAUUCAGGCUUGGCUACUGAACUUUUUAACAAAUCGACCACAAUGUUUCAAAGUAAAUAACCAAGUAUCUCUAACCAGAGAAAUAAGCACAGGGACACCACAAGGCUGCGUUCUCUCCCCUGUACUGUAUACCAUAUAUACAAAUGAUAUUCAAAGCUCAAGCGACACCGUUCCAAUCUUAAAAUUUGCUGAUGAUACCACGAUUGUUGGCUUAAUAUCUGAAGGAGAAGGCCUAUACCGUAACUUAGUAACAAGCUUUAUCAAUUGGUGCGAUGAAAAUUUUCUCCCAGUUGAAUGUCUCAAAAACAAAAGAAAUGGUUGUUGAUUUCAGGAGGGGGAAACACCUGAUUACAGAUCUCAACAUAAAAAAUCAAAAUGUGGAGAAAGUGGAGGCAUACAAGUACUUAGGUGUCACCAUUAAUAAUAAGCUAACAUGGCAUGAGCACGGCGAAAUCCUGUAUAAGAAAUUCAACCAAAGACUGUUCUACCUCAAAAAACUACAAUUUUGGCGUAAACAAGCAAGCCGUUAACUUAUUCUACAGUGCACCAAUUGGAAGCCUGCUUAAUUUCAGUAUUACCUGCUGGUGUGGGAAUUCAACGUCUGAUAUUAAACACCGCAUAAACCGACUAAUCAAGAAAGCUAGGAACAUAACGCAAACUAAACAUCCUUCACUGGAAUGACUAUUUGAAGAAAGAUGUUUUGUAAAACUAAACACAUUUUAGAUGAUAUAUCCCAUUCUCUUCACCACAAAUACUUAGGAUCGGGCCGUUCGGGACGAAUUCUUUCCAUCAGGGCGUGGACUGACCGAUAUAAAGAUUCUUUUGUUCCCCAAUCUGUACGAAUUUACCGGCGUGCUUCCUCUGAAGUCACACAUCUGAAUGAGAACUAAUAAGUCCCCGAUUUCGCUAAGAGAACUCACUGAAUGGCUGUUUAAAAUAAUUUAGUAUAAAUGUCAUGUGUUCAAAUUGUUUUAUUUUUGUGCUGAAAAUGUAUAAUGCAAUCAAAAAAUAUUUCCAUUUAUUUGGAUCAAUAAAAGACUCUUAUCUUAUCUCAUCUUAUGUUAGAAAUUUACGAGAUGUAAUAUAAUAGGAGCCAAAUAACAUUGUACUUUGUAUGUGUGAAUGUGUGUUUGUGUCUUUUCAUAUUCAUAUGUGUAUCUUUCGAAGAUGACGCUUUGUGUUGUCUUUGAUACAGUUUAUAUUUCUGUCUGUUUUACUUUGGCUUUUUUUAUACAAAAAUAAAUAGUAUAAUUAAACUGAUUAGUGUUAAUAUCACUGACUUAGGCAUCCUUUUACCUUUCAUACUGGAAUUCAAUCCUUUGUUACGCAUUGUUCAAUUUUUUAAAAAGCCACAUCUCGAAACAUAUUUAAUUUACCACAAAAAAAAACAACGUAUAACAAGACGGUAACAACACGCGUGCACAUAAAAUUGCCAACGUAGACGCUGUAGCACAUGUCCCUGUGUGAUGGCAUUUGAUGAGACCACUUUCACUCUGAACAUAUUCGGAAUCAACGAUGGUUUUGCUUGCACGGGUCGAUACAUGGUUCGCGCAAUAAAUUGUGAUAAGUGCGGAAAAUCAUUUUUUUUUUUUUAAAUCUUGGAAACCGUUUUAGAGAACCUCUGCACAAUAUCGAUAAAUAAGCCCCCAUUUGCCCCGUUUCUAAACAUGCCAAUACUGCUAACCAUGAGGGAAUAUUAGACAUUGCAUUUACUGGUCUAUUUUUAUGCGAUUAAUUCACCAGAUAGAAUUUGCACGUAAAUCAAAUUAAUGAAAAAGAUUUAAUACCAUGACUCCACAAGGUGUAAAUCAAAGUCACACGUUAACGAAGCUUCAAUGACAUUUUCCUAUAGUAUUCUUUAUAUAGUAUGCAUUUCUUUCAGUUCUUUGAUCUUUGCUUUUGUUAGACUUGUUCACAUUAUUUAAUCUUUUUAUUUCUUACAUUUUCAGGUAGGAUGUAAAGAAUUAUGUACACUUAGUUUAUAACUAUUUGAAUUAAUGCUUCGUUGUAAUGAGUGAAACAUUUCAUGCAGCAAUGAAUAUUAUAUGGUGUAACUGUAAUUAAAACUUAGUAUGUAGUUACGCGUACUGCUUUCACUCAUUAAUGUACUUUAAAGCUUCAUCUCAGUCCCAAUCUCUAGUGAUUGGUCCUUUACUAACCUCUCUGCGUGUCAUUAAGUUCUGGUUGUCCUUAAGUGCUGUGUCUUUAAUUUCUAGUUGUCAUCUUGAGCCGCAUCAUUAAGUGACAUGUCAUUAAGUGCUUACUCGCCUAUGUCAUGCUCUAUAACUCCAAUGUCUAUGUCCUGGGGGGGGGGCUGCCCCACCCCUCUCCUAUUUAAGGAGUGAGCGAAGAAAUUACGUCAUAUUUGAAUCAGCGGAAGUCCUGAGUGAGGUCUGGGUCUCUCUGUGGCAACGCUCUAGCAAUGAAACAUGACAUCCUGGGUUAUGUCUGGGUCUCUCCGUAGCAUCGCUCUAGCAUUUAAACAUGACAUCCUGAGUGAGGUCUGGGUCUCUCCGAGGCAACCCUCUUCCAUUGAUACAUGACAUCCUGAGUGAAAACUUUCUCUCUCUGUGGCAGCGCUCGAGCAUUGAAACAUGACAUCCUGAGUGAGAACUUUCUCUCUCUGUGGCAGCGCUCUAGCAUCGAAACAUGACAUCCUGAUUGAGAACUUUCUCCCUCUGUGGCAGCGCUCUAGCAUUGAAACAUGACAUUUAUGUUGGUUCUUAUCUGUUAGAGCGUAAAUGGAAAGUGAUCAAUGUAUAAAAUUUGUGUUUACACAAAGCUCUUGAAGAAAAAAUUGUAUUGGGUUUUAAACCUUUUUUUUCCAGGCUUUGCAACAAUCCCAGGCCAAAAGAUGGCGGACUCCCAUGCCCGGG